AUGCAUUACAAACUGUUCAUGAGCAUUGCUAUUUUGUACGGAGUGUGGUACAUGGGACAGGCGGAUACGUUGAGGGACAUGUUAGCAAGAAAAUUGUGUAGCGUUGUGGCGAACUCCGGAUGGCAGCUUCUCAAAUCUAUGCGAAUCAUAGAAAACCAGGGCUUGUUAUCGUUGGGCCAAUUUGCUUUAACCAUUACACCGACCCUUGCUGAACCGGAAGUGUACGCCGCAUACUGUAAGCUUGGUCGGUUUCUGGCAUGCAAGUAUUCAAACAUGACCAGAGUGUUCAUACGACUAUCGAUGAAGAUGACCAACGAAUGCAGAAACGCAUCCGAUGUUAACACGUUGGGCGAUUGCGUUAAAUUGGUUAUAAUGAAAUUGAAAGAUAUCGACAACAAGGUGAUCUCGCGCAUGUCGGCAGCCCUUGUCACUUUGUGCACCACCAAUCAAGUUCAAUCGGUUGUCAAAAUGUUGGGAACCGUUCAUAAUAAGGUUUCGGAAAUAGGCAACUUAGGACGACGUCUGUUUGGAUUUACAUCGAGCAGUUCCAAAGAGAAUAACCUAAAAGAUCAACUGAACACUAUCGAAAGUAAGCUUUCAAAGGUCGACGAUACAUUUUUGAAUUUCAUGGAAGAGCAUUGUUUCGUGGAAAGAAUUACAGGGGAAACAGCACAUCUUGAUAUGACCGACGAAAUAGACCUGGUAAACUUGUACGAGGGGACGACAGAGAAUUUACUACCAAUUUUGAGUAAUCUCAUCGAUACACUAACCGAUUCAGUGAUCGAAAAACUCCACAACCGACUCGGAUUUCGUUUCAAUGAAGUGACAAAAACCAGUGUGCUUGUGGAUCCCGAAAAUCGCAUUAAGGACGGACCGAGUUAAGGAAACUAUUGUGUUGGCCCUACUGUACGUUAUCACCGGUUCAGCAGUCGAGCCAAACAUCGCCAGUUCGAUUGAUAACAUCCAUUUUCUUAAAAAAAAAA